GCUUUCAACGUGCGUGUCACGGUGGAUGUGCUGGAGGUCACCGGCCCCUUGGACAACAACGUGGCCAGCUGCCCUGCAGGGCGGGAGUGCACCAUCACAGGUCUCGAGGGCUACGGGAUGCAAGCUGGAGACCGACUCAUGCUGCGGGAGAACUGCAGCGCCCAGGUGGGGAGUCCAGCUGUGGAAGCCUACACUGGGCCCUCCCGUCCCUCGCCGAAUCCAUCGCCGGACUCUGCCGGCAGCGACUACAUCUUUGACACCUUCAACACUGCCACAUGCCCGCCUGGCCAUUCCCAGGGACCCUGCAUGACCGCCCGGAUCUGUUACUGCGCUGCACAUCCGGGUUCCACUCACAGCUGCAUAUCGGAUACGGACUUUCAG